AUGUCUGAAUCAUACGAGGGCAGACGUUCGAGAUCCACUGAUCUAGGGAGCUAUACAGUUUGUGAAUCGGACCUUGGCUUCAAAAUUUGUCUUUCACGAUCCCCGGAAUGGACACCUCAAAGACGGGAGUGGUUGAUAGUUUUUUCGAUCUUCUUGCUUUAUUUGAUGAUAGCAUUAGAUUCGACCAUCAUUGUCCCGGUUCUUCCGACGAUAGCUAGCGAUCUAAACGGCACCGCUGUUGAAGCAUUCUGGGCAGGAACCUCAUUUCUCUUGACGUACGCCAUAUUUCAACCUUUCAUCGCCGCCGUAUCCGAUAUAUUUGGACGACGAGAAGUGAUGCUAGCCAGCGUUUCCCUUUUUACUGCCGGUUCAUUAAUCGCAUGUUUGGCUCAAAACUUUUCCAUGCUGUUAACAGGGCGUUCCAUCCAAGGAGUGGGUGCCGGGGGUGUAUUUGUCCUUGGAUAUGUCAUUCUUACCGACAUUGUCCCUCUCAGGCAACGCCCUAAGUUCACCGCAAUUAUUCAGAUUGCAUGGGCUAUUGGAACCAUACUUGGACCACUUUUCGGCGGCAUAUUUGCUGAACACUCAACAUGGCGGUGGACGUUCUACAUCAAUUUCCCUUUUUGCGCGAUUGGAUUCGUAAUGGUUCCCAUUGCUGUUAGACUUAAGCGGCAGGAAUCCACACUGAUAUAUAAAAUCAAACAAGUUGACUGGAUCGGAGGUUCUUUAUUCAUUAUCAGUAUAACCCUCCUCAUGAUAGCAAUUUCUUGGGGCGGUACUCAAUUUGCAUGGGACCACAUCGCGACCUUCGCUCCUAUGAUACUCGGUAUAUUUGGAACCUUGUAUACGAUCUGGUAUGAGUUCCAGAUAGCGAACGUUCCGUUUUUGCGCAAGGGAUUGUUCUAUUGCCGAUCCGCCAUCGCCGCAUACAUCUGCUCGUUGAUUCAGGGGCUAGAGUUAUACAUUGCGUUGUACUAUAUCCCGCUCUAUUUCCAGGCUGUAAAAGGCUUAAGCCCUGUUCUUACUGGAAUCAGUGCACUCCCGAUCACGUCUUCUUUGGUUCCAGCCAGCGUUUUUGUGGCGGGGAUUAUUGCUCGAACCGGUCGGUUCCGCUGGGCAAUAUGGAUGGGAUGGGUCCUCACAACGAUUUCAACUGGUCUCUUGCUACUGUUGAAUACCAAUACUAAAACAGCUGUUUGGGCUACAGUCCUAAUACUCCUUGGAUUUGGGCAUGGCCUCGUUCUUAGUGCUCUCAAUCUCGGGGUCCAGGCAAUCUCUACUGUCAACAACGUUGCUCACGCAGUCGCGAUGUACUCAUUCCUCCGAGCUGUUGGUGCUGCUCUUGGGGUAGGAAUGGGAGGCACAGUCUUCCAGAACGCUAUGUCCAAGAGGUUAAGUGUCCUAGGUCUUCCAACCGACAUAGCGAAGAAUGCAGAGGCGUAUAUCGAAGUCCUCCACACUCUUCCUGCGAAUUCAGUUUUCAAAAUCAACAUUAUAGAAUGCUACGUCACAGGCAUCCAAGGAGUCUUUACCGUAAUGACUGGGUUCAGCGGCCUUGCUAUGUUCCUCAGCUUCUUGAUAGCAAAACACUCUAUGGACAAGGACUUAGAGGACGAGAGUGUUUCAAUCGAAUACAAGAAACCUCUCCCGGAUCGACCAAUGAGCAAGGCGCCCACAUUAAUCAACCCAGCACUUCCAGCACCAGCAUACAUGGCUAGCUCAAGUGACAAUUACCUGGGUACGUUUGACUUUGAGGACUGUGAACCACAGAAGCCAUACUUCGUGGCACAUAGUGCUCCCCAGACGUUACGUACAUGCGGAAGACGUCCCUCUGUGGGCAGAUUUCUCGUGGCGAUUGCAUUGAAGCAAUUUUUACUCGUCUUUGUUGGGAAGCUUCUCCAGCCUUUGUCGUUUACCAAGCGCGGUUCGUUCAAGGCUUGGUUGGCGCGGACGAAAAUCGGCUACUUUUGUGGGGCCAAACUAGGAAAGCUUGACGAACCAGCUUUUUCUUGA